AAAGGACAAGUAUGACUAUAGUAUUAGCUCUAAGUAUGUUGUUACUACUGUUUUUGAAAAACUAGCCAAGUUUGGCAAUGAAAAUGUCCUUAGGGACUAUGUAAGAACUUUGUAAUGUUCCUCUUAUUAGUAAUAUAAUAUCUUUUGCUUCAAAAAAACGUUUUUUCCACGUAAUUUUUUUUCUUUUCUUUCUCUGCUCCAAACACCCCCUACCCCCUCCCCCCCCAAAAAAAAAAGCAAACUUACCUUUUCUUCCUAUCCCAUUUCUUGGAUCUUUUAUAUCUUGCCGAGAAGCCGAUAAAUUAGACACAAGUAAAGUAGUCAUUACCAACCUCUCUGAGUUAUUAAGUCAAUUAUUCCAAUAUGGAAGUCUCUUUCUUCAUUAUCAUCUUUCUCUUUGUCCUACCUUUACUGAUUGUAUUAUUCAUCAAAAUAGGGCAAAAAAGAUUGCCUCCAGGACCAUGGAAACUCCCACUCGUUGGAAAUUUACAUCAGCUGGCUGGAAGCUCUCUGCCCCAUGUUGCACUCAAGGAAUUAGCUGAGAAACAUGGACCUUUGAUGCACCUAAAACUAGGCGAGCGUUCAACUAUUGUCAUAUCAUCUUAUAAAAUGCUGAAAGAAGUGAUAAAAACAAGCGAUACCACGUUUGCAUAUAGGCCGGAGAUCCUUGUCUCGAAGACCAUUACGUACAAUAAUAGAGACAUGGUUUUUGCUCCAUAUGGUGAUUACUGGAGGCAAAUGCGCAAAUUUUGGAUGUUAGAGCUCCUAAGUCCGAAAAGGGUUCACUCGACUUAUCCUCUAAUGGAGGAAGAGAUUUCGGGCUUAGUUAGAUCUAUACAGGUCUCAGCUGCUGGUGGUACGCCAAUCAAUAUGAAUGAAUGUCUUAACUCGCUCACUUGUGCUAUUAUUUGCAAAGCUUCAGUUGGAAUGGUCUGUAACAAUUCGGACUCAUUAAUUUUUGCAAUAAAAGGAAUAGCAAGUCUCGCAGGAAUUUUCAAUAUCUUAGAUUUGUUCCCGUCCCUCAAGUUUCUUGAGUUCAUCAUAGGAUCCAAGCAAAAGCUAGUUAAAUUGCAUCAAGAAUGUGAUCUCCUACUUGAAGAAAUUGUUCGUGAACACGAAGCUAGCAUAGAAAGAAAUAACGGUGAGCCCAUUGAUAAAGAAGAUCUUUUGCACCUUCUUUUAAGGCUUAAAGACAAGGAGAGCCACAAUUUUAAAAUCCCUAUAACAAGAGAUAACAUCAAAGCUAUACUCUUGAAUAUGUUCGCUGCCGGAACUGUGACAUCAGCAACUGCAUUGGAAUGGGCCAUGUCUGAAAUAAUAAAGAAUCCGUCUGUCAUGAAAAAAGUGCAAGCUGAAGUCAGAGAGAUCUUCAAAGGAAGAAAAAUAGUUGAUCAACGUGAUAUUCAAAAUCUGAAGUACCUGAAAUUGGUAGUUAAGGAAACUCUAAGGCUUCAUCCUCCUGGUCCAUUGUCUUUACCUAGGGAAUCAAUAGAGCAGUGCGAGCUUAAUGGGUAUAUCAUACCUAAAAAAACUAUAGCCCUUGUGAAUAUGUGGGCAAUGGGAAGGGACCAUCAAUAUUGGCAUGAUCCAGAAAAAUUUGAGCCCGAGAGGUUCAAUAAUGUUAUCGAAGUAUCAAUUCCUUUUGAGUUCUUGGGAUUUGGAUUCGGGAUGAGAGCUUGUCCGGGAAUGUCAUUUGGUACAGCAACCCUUGAGCUUACUCUAGCUAGAUUACUAUACCAUUUUGAUUGGAAACUUCCAAAUGGUAUGAAUUCAGAGGAAUUAGAUAUGACUGAGAAAUUUGGUGCUAAUGUUGUAAAGAAAAACAACUUGUACUUAAUUGCUUCACCAUAUGAUUAAUUAUUCGACUGAUACGAUUUGGUUUCCACAAAAUUAGUUGCCUAGUGUGUUAAGUAUAAUAAAGACAAGUCGUUGAGUACUUUCUCUUUUGGUUUCUUUAUUUUUCCUUAGUACUUGUACUCCUCAUGUACUGGCUAGUUGAUCAUGGUGUAAUAAACUGCAAUUUUAUUAUA